AUGCAAGGAACAAGUGAUGAGCCUGUAAUGGGUGUCAAAGGACCCACACCACUGAUGGAGCUAAAGAGCAUGAACAUGAUCACCUCUUUCAUUCCGGAGUAUCAACACAGUCGUCUGGUCAGUGGACUGGGUGUAGUGUGGAUAAUCGGGAGAGAGGUUUAUGCCUAUGGUUACUCUUCUGGAGAUCCAGCCAAAAGAAUGAGAGGGGCCUUCGGUAACUUUGCCUUCAUGGGAAUGCUCCUGACCACCAUCAGCUUUGGACGCCAUCUGCUGGGCUGGACGGGGCCAAGAUUUGGACCAUUCUGUCGACCAGUAUAA